CUGGUUCGCUUCCGGGCUCCUCUCGCGGCGGCGGACAGGGGAGCAAGAGGAGAGGGGAGAUGAAGGCGUGCGCGAAGGCGGCCGGGGAGAGGCUCCCCCUGGUUCGUCCUCCGUCCACCAGGCAGCCGCUGGCUCGGAGCUUUGUAAAGGUAAGCAGAUUAUCCUCUCAACAUGAGACAAGGUCUGUAGUGUCCUGCUCAGUUAGGGUGUCAGAAAACACGGCACACAGAAUGGAAGCCAAGGCAGAAAACAUUUUCCCAGCAACGAAAGAUCAUGUCGUGAAAGCAACUGAUGCAAUCAGCAGAGGGAAAGUGAUCGCGGUGCCCACAGAUACAAUAUACGGGUUUGCUUGUGAUGCCUGCUCUGCAGGGGCAGUUAAUCACAUAUAUGAUAUCAAGGGGCGCAUACAAACACGCCCUUUGGCAAUCUGUGUUGCUGAUGUCUCAGACAUAUCACGGUUUGCUUUAGUGGAUCACUUGCCAUAUGGCUUGCUUGAUAAUCUACUUCCUGGGCCUGUCACUGUUGUUCUGAAACGAGGUGAAAACAGCAUAUUAGAGGGAUCACUUAAUCCUGGCUUGGAUAGUAUUGGAGUUCGUGUGCCAGAUUUGGAUUUUAUACGCUCCAUUGCCCGUGGUGCUGGAAGUGCACUUGCACUUACUAGCGCCAACUUAAGCGGACAGCCUAGUAGUGUCAGUGUCAAAGAUUUCGAGGAUUUAUGGCCACAUUGUUCAUAUGUCUUUGAUGGUGGAAUACUUCCUUCUGGACGUGCUGGCUCAACAAUUGUUGACCUAAUAACACCGGGAGUCUACAAAAUAUUGAGAGAUGGAAGCUCAAGGGAGGAAACAACAGCAGUGCUUGGCAAGUUCGGCUUUGUCAAAGCUUCACGACAACCUGGUGCUUGACAAAGUUGCAAAAAUAACUUCAUGUGAGAACAAGAAGCAUCAAAGUGGCCGCAGCUAACUUUGACCUGAAGCCAAAGCCAAUGGAUGAUAAGCUGAAGCAUGGAAUAUUUUGUUAGGGUGCUCAGGAGUCUGGCCAGCUCGCUAUACUCACAGCUGGUUUCCCUACCCUAGGUCUCCAUUAGACAAGCCUGAUAGGUGAGAGACUUUUUAUUUUUUUAUGUCAUGUUCCUCCGUCAUCAAUUUUUGAUGUAGAACUAAAUUUAACAAUCUCCUCCAUCACACAUAAUCUGUGUGACCCUAGAGACGUUUUGGUUACACCUGUAACAGUACGACCCUGAAGAUGUUUCGGGUUUUGCCAAUCUUAGGUUUUGGUACCA